UGUCACUUAUUCUGUACUUUUGUUGAGAUCACUUAUGAACAAAGGCUGUUAGAUUAAUUGACCUUGGUUUAGCAGGUUCGGAUAGGUCCGGAUGCACUAUGGAAUAUUCAAUACUUAUUUUAAAGACUGCAUAUUAGAAAAAAUAGAAAAGCAAAAUAAGUAUAUAUGUUACACUUUAAAAGACUUAAAUGUAAUGAUUUUUAGAUAUAAACUAAACAUUAUUGGACAAUAUGUAAUUUACAGUUUACAGUCAUUCUUGAUUAUCAGGCAAGAUAAAGGUUUAAAAUUUCAAAGCUUGUUUACGCUUAAAUUUUAAUUUCUUUUUUUAACAGUGCAAUAGUUCUAUAUAAUGUGAUUCAUAUUUGGAUUAAACUGGAAUAAUUACACUUUUCAAAACGCGUAGAGCUACACACUUUUGUAUAGGCGACCCUAUUACUUCAUUUUUAAUUUUAAUCAAAUGCGUUAAGUUUAUUGUAACGGCUUAAGAGAUUAUACAAAAUCCAAUUGGUGGAAAUCACAAGUGUUUUGCGGUUACCAUUUUGUCCUUAAUUUAGUUCCACGAGGAAACACAACUUAAGGAAUUGUGCGAAGUACAGUGUUUAUGAUUAAUGCGUUAUAGUUUGCAGAAAGAAAUGGCGAUUAUGUUUAUGUAUCUCCUGCCGGUGCUUUUUGCAAUUGUGUUUAUUCCUAAAUCCAUUGACUCAGCCACAGUUAUAAAAACAGAUGAAUUAAAAACUACAAUUACAGAGAUGACGGGGAUUGGUAUAGAUGAAGCGGCGCAAGACGGAAGUCCGGAAAAUAUAAAUCAAAAUCAUAAACAUCGGCAUGGAAAAAUGGAAUCGGACAUGAAAAGCGGCGCUACUGACGAAGUUUCAAGAAUGGCUGACAAAAUGAAUAGUGAUCAAGAAAUAACAUCUGAUGAUGAUCAGUCAACAGACGACAAUACCGAUACACGGGACGAAAUAGAUGAAGAUAUGUUAGAAGAUAGUCAAGAAGAUAGUGUGAAAGAACUUACUGACGAUAAUGACUCAAUCGGUAUUGGUAAUGAAGAAAUUGAUUCAGAUGAUGAAAAUAUUGAUGGGGGAGAUGAUGACGAGGAUGGUGAAUUAGAUGAUAGUGCAGACGAAACAGUUAGUAAUGAAAACGACAAUAUAUCAGAGAAUAAAAAAAUGCAAACAGAUGCAACAGAAAGUGAAUUGCCUGAACCCGAUAAUGCAUGCCCUAGGUGCACUGAUGAAACAUUAAGCGAGAAAGAUAUUAAAAUUGAAAUGGUGAAGCAAACUUUGUUACAAAAACUCGGUUUGUCGUCAGCUCCUGAGGUCGAUGGACCACUUCCACCACUCCCGUUCGACUUUUAUGUAGGAGAAGAUUUCUCAAUGAACGAUGAAGAAGACAAUGAGGAAGAAGAAAGGAGACAAACUGUAAAGACACGGGAGAUUUUCGUAUACGGAAAAGACAUAACCAAGAAAUGUGCGAAGAAGAGAGGCACUGGUUGUUACAGUUUCAACACGACCAGCCCCAACAUUGACCCAGAUUUGGUGUCAAGUAUCGAACUCUGGAUCUAUAAACAACCGGAUGUGAACGACCAUCAUAUACAGGAAUUCAUGGUCUCUGAGCUCCAGCCCUAUAUUAAGGGCGGAAAAGAAGUUCUACGAUUCAAGAAUAUCGUAAAACGAAUUGAUACACGGUUAAAGUACGGCUGGAUGAAGAUCUAUGUCAGAAGAAGCGUGAUAAGAUGGUUAUCCAAGCCUCACCGUAACCAUGGUCUUGCUGUCGUCUGCAAAACUUGUCAGCGGGAAAAUCAUAAAACUAUAUAUGGAAAUAAAGAAGGUUAUAUGCCAAUUCUUGUUUUCUAUAUGAAACAAAAUGCCCGCUCUCACAAACGCGUCAGACGACACACAAAUUGCAGAGAAGGCGGGUCAAAUUGUUGCCACAAAGAGGAACUAGAGAUUAACUUUCGCGACAUUGGCUGGGACUAUAUCAUGACCCCAGAAAGUAUACGACCUAAUUUUUGCACAGGAUCGUGCAAUGGUGUUCGAGCAGCGUACUAUAAUCAUACACGUCUCGUGCAGACUCUUCAACAGAGCGUGACGAAUAAUUACGCCCAGGUUCAAACCUGUUGCUCCCCGGUGUCGUUUGGCCGACCACAGAGUCUGCUCUAUAGGGAUCACGAGGGCAACGUUAGAAAGGUGGAUGUCCCCGACCUUAUUGUCGGGGAGUGUGGUUGUACUUGAAUGUAUUUGACAUGUUAAAGGAAAAAUGAAUGAACUUUAGUUGUAUGUCUGUUUUGAAUCAAAUGACUUUUGUGGUUAGUAUAAUGUUUUGUCAUUUAUUACAUAUAUAGGCAGCAAAAUUGUGAGCUUUUUUAAAUUGCAGCGCUAUUUAUAGAUUACUUGUCACACUGGAAGCUGUUGCUUUUAUUUGAAAUGCAUGAUUUUGUAUGUCGUCUGUUUCCCGGCAAGGGUCAAGGUCGUAAGUUAUUUGUAACGAUAAUUUAUUUUUCGGAAAAUGCAUUAUUUUGAUGCGUGCCUUGUAAUGAAAUUUUAUGUUAGAUGCGACUGAAUCAAGAAGUUUGUUUUGUUUUAAGAUAACAUUGUGUUUGCCUGACUGUAUGUACAUGUAAAUUAGUUCAAUAUUUUUUGUCAUUUCAACAGAAAUUAUUUUUAUGCUCCUCAAAGGGUGUGCACAAAGUCGCCGCUUUGUCCGUCCGUCCGAUCGCUUUUCUUGUCCGGGACAUAACUCUGAAACAACAAUAUGUAUCAACAUGAAACUUUGAAGGUAGAUAGAUCUCAUUGGGUAGAAGUACAGUGCAAAAGAAGUUUAAAGAACCAUAACGCUGUCUUGCCUUAUUUUGGAGUUAUUGCCCUUAUCAUUUUUUCACUUUGAACUUUGUCCGGAAAAUAACUCUGAAAUUAUAAGAGGUAUCAACAUGAAACUCAAAGGGUAGAUAUAUCCCAUUGUGUAGAUGAGCAUAUCAAAAGAACCGUAACUCUGCCUUAUUUACUUUUGGAGUUAUUGUCAUUUUUGCAAUUUUACACUGUGAACUUUGUCCGGGACAAUACUGAUAAACUACAAAAGGUAUCAACAAGAAACUUUAAAUCAGUAGAUAGAUCUUAUUAAGCAGAAGUGCAGUGCAAAGAACAGUAACUUUGCCUUGUCUAAGUUUGAAAUUAUUGCACUUUGAACUUUGUCCGGGACAUAACUCUGAAACUAUACAAGAGGUACACAACCUAUUUGGGGAUUAUCACCCGGUUCAACCGGCUCUUGUUUACAUAGGUAAAACAGUUUUCUUAUUGGUUUUACAGCAAAGAAAUGCGUUUCACACUUUCGAGCUAAAUGUAUAUAAAUGCAGAAAAAUUCAAAACUUAAUGAACAUAAUACAUGUAUGAACUUCGAAGAGCAAUGUGUCCUUGAUAUAGAAUAUGGAAAAUGUUAUUGCAAUAUGAAUAUUUUAUUUUUCAUUAUUUUAUGUUAUUCGUUUUUCCAAAAGAUAUCUUUAAAGGCACACUAUGCCUCAGAAAUAAAUAAUUUUUCAUUCUUUAGAGAUUAAAACUUUAUAG